AUGCUACGCGGGAAAGCUUUUAAGCGUCAUCGGAGGCGGCUGCGAGCCCCUCUCGGCGGUGCUGAGUGGAUCCGGAAGCUGGAAGAGGGCGCGCCGUUCCCGCUCACUGGUCCACAUCUCCGGCUGCGGCUGCCCGACAUCUGCCCUCCCUCCUCUGCUGCCGCUUGUAACAGCGGAGCGUGUUGCUGUUCGCAGGCGCUGUACAACCUGCUGGGGGAGACGCUGGUGCGCAUGCGCCACUACGAGCAGGCGGAGCAGUGGUUCCGGGCUGCGCUGCAGGCCGAACCGCAGCACGUGCCCGCACACGUCACCUACGGCAGUCUGCUCGCUAUGAACAGGAGCCGCGCGGCUGAGGCGGAGCGAUGGUUCAGGAGGGCGCUGCAGCUGGCUCCGGAAGACCCCAGCGUCCACCAGCACUUCGGCCAGUUCCUGUCGGGCCAGCAGCGGCACGCGGAGGCGGCUCUGCGCUUCGAGGCGGCGGCCGACCUGCUGCCCUCGCGGCUCGACCUCGCGCUGGCCGCCGCCUCCUCGCUGCGGGUGGCCGGACUCACCGGCCGCGCAGAGCGCUUCUACCGCCGCGCCGUCCAGCUGCGGCCGCAGAGCGCGCGGCACCACCUCAACCUGGGCGCCAUUCUGCACCUGAACGGCCGCUACGACGAGGCAGCCGCCUGCUACCGCGAGGCGCUGCGCCUGCAGCCGGAUGACGCAACCGCGCUCACCAACCUGCAGAAGCUGCGCAGCCUCAUGGCGGCCCGCCGGCCCAGCAAGCUGUGACACCUGCAGCCGCGUGACGUCACGCCGCCCAGAGCACAGCCACUGGCGGCCACCUGAAGACCACCUGCGCCAGCUGGCUGCGGGUCAGCCGCGCCACUUGCAAAGGAGUUCGCGAGACCUGGCAGGUGUCCCACUUGGCGUCGCUAAGACGACCAACAGUAGGCGCUGCGGGUUUCCCCAGCUGGGAUUCUUGCGAUUAACAUCACGGUCAACCAGUCGGGUCGUGAUUAUCCCGUCGUUGCCUCGACACCCAUUUUAGUGAGUGCCCUCUUACUGUAAAACAGUUUUCGUGGAUGGCUAACUCUAUCACCUACAAUCGAGACGCUGGAAACUACCAGCAUCGCAAAGUGUUUGUUCCCGAUGAGAACUACCCACUUAGUUAAGCUGACAUUGGUGACCCGUGAAAUAGAGUCGGUUCUGAUUUAUCUGCCAGUUACAUGUCAGUGUUCGCAUGACGCUGCAGUUCCCCCUAUUUCUUCGUCAACGUGCGGAAUGAGAAAUAUCUCCGAAAUGCUUGGCAAACGUAGAGACUUCGCUCAAAUGUCAUGACAUGAGGUCUGUGAGGAGUGAAGUUUCAGCACUAGCUGCUUCAGUUAAGGAAAGACUAAAAUUCGGUGGCAACGAAUAAGUGUCGGAAAUAGACGCUAUGUGCUUGUAAUCAUUCUAAACACUUACCUGGGAACCGUUUAAUAUAAAUGAGAUUCUUCAGAAUAAUCUUAAGUAAUGCUCUUCUCAGUACUUGCCCCUGUACUGACUCAUUGUAGGUAUCUAAUUCGAGGACACGUGAGACAUAAGGUCAACAGUCACUUCUUUUCUAUAAACCAAACACACACACACUGAAGACGACUAACGACUUGCAAUAUACUGGGCCGUUCGAUUUGCUUCUUUUCAAAGGAAAGUACUCUAACUUCUUACUAGUUUACCUGUCAUGAAAAAUAAAACAAACACCAGUAGCAUGUACAGCUCAGUAUUCGCUGUGAUGAGUACUAAUGCUUCAAACUUUGUUAGGAGCAGUAUCGUGUUGACACUAAAAUGCUAUCAAAACAACAGAAUAUGGACUUCCGUUACUAGUUCUGUACGUGUACAUAACUUACGCGUUGGUCAAUUUUCAACAGUGACACUAAUGCGUUCCAUAUUUCGUUUUGAAAUCAUACUGUAACGUUAGCGUACCAACGCUAUAAUCAGAGAGUCUGAGAAAAGUAUUCAAAAACAGAAUUCAAUUGGCAGCUGACUUUGUUAAAAACGUGUCUUCUUAGGUUGGAUCAUGCACAGUAAGCCUUACGAUCAUUGUAUCACGAUAUGGUGAAAGGAUUGCAAAACGUUUCUCUGCACGCGAUUUGUCAACGAAGGUCUACACUGCAAGGCAGAGAA